GGUGCUGAGGUGGGAAUAAGCACAUGCAGGAUCCAUGCCCGUGGUCCUGUUGGAGUUGAAGGAUUGCUUACAACAAUAUGUGUGGGACAAGAAAAUGGUGCACAAACAGUUUAACUGGCUAUGGCACCACGUUCCAACAUUUGCACCAUACAAGGUCGAAGGUGUCUUCCUCCCACUGGUUCUUGCACAGGGAAGCACAGCUCAAACCGCUAAAACAGCAGCCAUUGUCUUACAGAGUCUAACACCAAACGCUCAGAACGUGUUCAAGAUUCUCGCUGACUACCAACUUUCUCACCCAGAUGAAGACGGCAUGUCCACUGAAGAACUGUAUUCAGCCUCACGUGAAUGCUUCUUUGUGAGCAGGCAAGUGACUCAACUCUCAUCUCACGGAGUUUAAAGAUCACGAACUAGUUAAGACCAAGAGAAACUCCGAUGGACAAGAGUGUUUGAACAUACCUGUCUCCGGAUGCACUAAAACAGCUCUUGCUUGAUCUCAAUCAGUAGCCUCACUUGUAUAAAUUCUCUGUGGUAUGAUUCAACUUUGUUGCUUGAACAAUAUCUUAUCUUAUAGUCUAAGUAAGUAUAAUGGGUAACACAUUGGAUGGAAAGUUAUAAUCAGCACUCAAACACACGUACUUAGUGUUGUCCACUGACACAAGAUUGCAAUGUAGUGAAUAAUAUCAUUUAAACAGUGAAAAACGUCUAUAUAUAUCAAAU